AAGGAGAUGAAAAAAAAAUAAUAUUUUUAUCUCUAAAAAUUAAUUGAAAUUUAGUUAGAUCUGUUAAAAUUUGCCUAGACAUUUUCAAACGUGUGCGAAUUAAUUAUUUUGUAAUUGUGUAAUUUAUUUUUUCGUUUCAUCGAUCAAGCGUGAAGUUCCACUUCUAGCGCACGAGGUGGCGACGCACCCAUUUUUGCUUUCAUUUCAGCUGUAUUAUAGCCUGUCAACUCUUCUUUCAAACACAAUGGCGUAAUCGAAGGUUGUUUUCCGAAAGUGCUGCGAUUAGCGCGAGCGCGGGGGUCCUCGGGUUCGCGGCUGGCGGCCCUGGGAGGAGGAGGGUUUUUCGUCGCGCGGCGCGUCACGUUGGCAGCGCCGGCCCGCGCGGGAGGGGGGACCAGCCCGCCACAACCGCCCGAGCCUGCUCCAGCCUCAGUUGCUCGCCGGCUGUCGUGGCAAGGGGUUGGAGUGUAGCGCGCGCUGUCGUCCGCCCGGGUGUUUUCACAGGCGUUUCCGUUCCGGGCGAAGGAGCCGAAUCAAUACCUCGCGUGCCCGGAGACCGAGGUGAUGUGAGAUCCCGCGCCGGAGACACAGUGACGUCGUGGUUCGGCCACAUGGGGGCCUCGUGCCGUUCGCGCUCAAGUCUCGUGUCAACUGCGGGAGUUUGCUUGUGGUGAGCCGUUGUCACGGUCAGUUUCGCCAGACGCCAGCAAAAUGCUCACGUGGUGUGUUUUUGUCGUCAGCCAUUCAAGAACCAAGCUGUAAGAACGGCCCAGCAGACACUUCUCUUCAUCGCGUGAGAAGGGAACUUACCACAAUAAGGCAGGACGAGGACGAGCGCACGCCCGACGAGCGCAGGAUGGACGACGAGAUCCAGGAGACGGUGGAGUCGAUCCUGGGCAAGGGCGCCCGCGUCGUGGACUGCGAGAAGAAGUCGAGCGUGCGCGAGGAGGAGGUGCUGCUGGUGAACGGCUGCCCCAUCGCGCUGGAGGGCGAGGACGGAGCGGCCAUCCGCGAGGCGCUGCUGCGAGGCACGGUGCCGCACGGCGACCUGCUCAACCAGAUCCUGAUCCGCGCCGGCAUCCUGCGCGCGCCGGUGCGCCUCGAGACCUCGCUCAGCGUCAAGUCGUCGGUGGUGACGCGCGAGGAGGUGACGGUGGCGCGCGGCGGCCGCGUCGUGGACGAGCGCUCGCGCGAGACGCACGAGGACAACUUCUACACCAGCUCGACGAGCGAGGUGUGGGAGCCGGCGGGCGUGGCGCCGCGGCCCGCCAGCGACGCCUCCACCUCCACCGACGACUCCUCGGCGGGCGGGUCGCGCUACUACCUGCCGCUGCCGCCGCCCCCGCCGCCGCCGCCGGCCCAGCUGCCGCCGCCGGCCUUCUACCCGCCCACCGUGCUGCGCGGCGGCGCCGCCCCCACGCCCUCCACGGCCUCCUCGUCCGAGGACGGCGUGGACUGCGCGUCGCCCGGCCGCCAGCUGAGCAACGGCCUGCGCGACGUGCGGCUGGACGAAGGAGCGCGCGCGCCCCUCGGCGUGCACACCACUGCGUCGGCCCCGACCAUAUUCGGGACUGUGGCCUCGGACCAGACGCCAAAGGAUGGGACCAGCCGAAGGAGCCUGCCCCAGACGCCGCAGGCGGGCAAGAGCUACAGCAGCACGCUGCUGAACGGUGGCGCCCCUGGCGGCUCGUGCUGCAGCAGCGCCGAGUGCGCCGCGGAACCCGCGCACGAGCACGCGCUGGUGUACCGCGACGGCGGUAACCUGGUGUCCGGCUCGCUGGAGGCGCUGGUGCGGCACAUGGUGCCCACGGCCGACUACUACCCGGACCGCGCCUACCUGUUCGCCUUCCUGCUCAGCUCGCGGCUGUUCGUCAAGCCGCACGAGCUGCUGGGCGAGGUGUGCGCGCUCUGCGACCAGCAGCAGAAGCUCGGCGACAAGCAGGCGCCCGCAAAGGAGCGACUGGGGCGCUUCGUGCCGCACCUGGUGCAGCUGCUGGCCGAGUGGACGGAGACGUUCCCCUACGACUUCCGGGACGAGCGCGUCAUGGGGCACGUGCGCAACCUCACGCAGAAGUGCGUGACCAUCGAGCCCGGGGUGCGCAAGGAGGUGUCCACGCUGCUGCAGAACCUGCUCCACCGCCUCACGGCGCUCGAGAAGUACGAGGAGUUCCUGCACCGCAUCAACGCCGACGGCACCACCGCGUCCUUCGACAGCCUCAGCACGAUGGACGUGACGGAGCUGUGCCCCAGCCCGGCGCUGCUCGCCCAGCAGCUGACGCACGUCGAGCUAGAGCGGCAGUCGGUAGUAUAGUGCAUGUGUGAUCCUCGAGAACACUGUCGCAGAUGGACGUGACGGAGCCGUGCCCCAGCCCGGUGCUGCUCGCCCAGCAGCUGCCGCACGUCGAGCUAGAGCGGCAGUCGGUAGUAUAGUGCAUGUGUGAUCCUCGAGAACACUGUCGCAGAUGGA